CUUUCACAGAGGAAAUUCUGUCAGUGUGUUUUUGAACGUGCGUCUAUGUGGAAUUUAUGCCAGAAUCAGCUGAGGAUUUAUUUACUUGCUUGUCUGAUGGAUCAUAGCUGCUGAUCUGAGAAUGCUCUUUGGAUCACCACAUACAUCUUACAUUCCUGGUUCUGUCAGGAAUGUCUUUUCGUGGCUAUGACUGUGUGUGUGUGUGUGUGUGUGUGUGUGUGUGUGUGUGUGUGUGUGUGUGUGUGUGUGAGUGAGUGAGUGAGUGAGUGAGUGAGUGAGUGAGUAUGUGUAGGGGUCACCAGCCUUUUGUUGAGCUGUUCUGAAUCGCCAGGCAAAUGCUCUCUUUUCAGGGCUUCGGUGCAUGUAACAGAAGGACUCGGCAAACAUUUUUCUUAUUUUCAUGUGGGCCUCGUUUGCUCACUUGGUCCGGAAGAGGAAGGCCCUGGAGGCGUUGGGGUGUGUGCAUGUGUGAGUGUGUGACUGUUGACGAGCUGAAACCAGAUACCCAUAUGCCACAGUAUUAAAGGAACUCUGUUCAAGCUUUGUCAGUCCUGAAGGAGCCAAUACAAGUUUAUCAUUUUAAAAGUUUGAAAGCUUGAGUUAGAACGCCUGCUUGUAUAAAAGCUUGUAUUAAGAGUAGUCGUGACAAUGGUAAUUCGCUAUGUUGGCUUGUCCACUGCCUUUUUUAAACCUCUGGAUCAUGGAAUAUAUAGUGUGGGUUUAAAGCGUCACGGGAUCACAUUUUAAUGUCCUCUACAAUUUAGAUUGUCAAUGCAGAUGCGGUAAACCCAUGAGUUGAUCAACUUUGGGUGGGAGCAGAUACUGCUGGUUGGACUUGAGGAAUAUUUCUUUUCAGAUAGAAGUUAAAGAAAAAAAAUCUUGGGGGAAUGUGCUUGCUCUUUAGAUUGUAGUCUCAAAAUUCAUCACGCUCACUAAUAACCGGAACUGUAUUGAGUAGUCUUAAGAAUUGUUCAAGUGGGUGACUGCUAUUUGGUUUCCAUGUGUGGGCUCCUGAAUGAAGACCAUAUAUAUCCAUGUUGCAAAGUCCUCUGUCAUUCUACUAAAGGAGGAGAUGCAAACGGUUUAGCUUUUAAUGUCAUUUUCCUCUCGACUUUAAAAAAGAAAAGGGAAAAUGGAAAGUCAGUCUUUAAAUGUACUGUAUAUCCGUGUGUGGCUAAAAAAUGUUUGAUGAUAAAUUAUACCACGAAUAUACAUCCAGACACAUUUGUUGACAGAUAUUUUGCUGUUUGACAUGUAAAAAUGGGCCCAAAGACUGGUCUUUUGGAGUCUUAAAAUGUUCAGUGGACUAUUUUUGUCCUGCUCGCAAGGAAGGAAUCUAAUGUUAGAAACAAUUUUAAUCUCUUGCACUGAACUGUUAUGUCUUCUGAAGGAUAGAUGCGCAGGGCAAUGCCAUGCCAAAGCCAUGUGUAUCUUUCUGAAUAUGGACUAGUGCUUAGCAGACAGGAAGGUUGUCAUGGUGACUGUUGCUAUUCUCUUACCACAAGAAGAACAAAUUGCCUCUGGUUUGUUACCGAAGACUGGGAAAAGAUUUGAACUUGGGCCAUAUGCUAUCGGAGAUGGUGCAAGCUAAUUCUGGCUGAGGAGGAGAUAAAGACGGAGCCUGAUGUGGUAGAAGGGAUGGAUACAUCUGUACGAGCCAAAGCCCCUGAUCCACCGGGGUCAGCAGAACGCUCCCUGGCACCACAGAAGAGGAAGGUGUCUAGUCCCACCCACUCCUCCAAUGGACACUCUCCGUCUGACACAUCCCCCAGUCCGCUCAAGAAAAAGAAAAAGCCUGGGGCCAUGAACUCUAACAAAGACCAGUCAGAGCUAAGACAUGGUCCCUUUUACUAUAUGAAGCAGCCAGCACUCACCACAGACCCUGUUGAUGUUGUACCGCAGGACGGCAGGAAUGACUUCUACUGCUGGCUGUGCCACCGCGAGGGCCAGGUGCUCUGCUGUGAGCUCUGCCCCAGGGUGUACCAUGCCAAGUGCCUCAAACUACCAGCUGAGCCUGAGGGCGACUGGUUCUGUCCCGAGUGUGAGAAAAUAACAGUUGCAGAAUGCAUUGAAACACAGAGCAAAGCAAUGACAAUGUUGAAUAUAGACCAACUCUCUUACUUGCUCAAAUUUGCACUCCAAAAGAUUAAGCAGCCUGGGACUGAGCCCUUUCAGAAGCCUGUGUCCUUGGAACAGCAUCCUGACUAUGCUGAGUACAUUUUUCACCCCAUGGACUUGUCUACUUUAGAGAAGAAUAUCAAGAAGAAAAUGUAUGGCUGCACUGAAGCCUUUCUGGCUGAUAUGAAGUGGAUCUUACACAACUGCAUCAUUUAUAAUGGAGGUAAUCACAAAUUAACAGCAACAGCAAAAGUCAUUGUCAAGAUAUGUGAGCAUGAGAUGAAUGAGAUUGAAGUAUGCCCUGAGUGCUACCUGUCUUCCUGCCAAAAAAGGGACAACUGGUUCUGUGAGCCAUGCAGUCAGCCUCAUACCCUUGUCUGGGCGAAACUGAAAGGUUUCCCCUUCUGGCCAGCAAAAGCCCUUCGUGAGAAAGACGGCCAGGUUGAUGCACGCUUCUUUGGACAACAUGACAGAGCUUGGGUCCCCAUCAAUAACUGCUACCUCAUGUCCAAAGAGAUUCCUUUCUCCGUAAAGAAGACAAAGAGCAUUUUCAACAGUGCCAUGCAAGAAAUGGAAGUUUAUGUAGAAAACAUUCGUAAGAAAUUUGGGGUUUUUAACUAUGCGCCAUUUCGAACUCCUUACACACCCAACAAUCAGCUUCAAAUGCUGCUGGACCCUUCUAACCCUAGUGCAGGCACAGUAAAAACAGAGAAACUUGAUAAAAUGCGCUUUAACUUUGAUUUAACGGCAUCUCCGAAGAUGGUUCUUAGUAAGAGUUCCACACCCAGUGGUAUGAAUCGGAGAGUCUCCAUGACAGACAUGCCUCGUUCCCCUAUGAGUACAAACUCCUCGGUUCACACAGGGUCUGAUGGAGAGCAAGAUAUAGAAAAGGCCAGUAGAAAUUCUGCCUUUCACUACAGCACAGGAGAGGACUCCAUGGACUGUACUGCUUCUCCUGUCUCAGGAAAGGUUGGUCCAGCGAGCGGUUUCACGGGCAGCCCUAAGUCACUCAACCCUAGCUUGGUGCCUAAGCAAGAGAGGCCUGCAUCCACAGGUGGCAUCCUCAAUCUCAACCUAGAUCGAGUGAAAGCUGAGAUGGAUCUGAGAGAGCUGAGCGAGAGUGUGCAGCAGCAGCAACACCAGCAACAGUCAGGGUCAGCUGCUCUCCCCACACCAAAGAGACCCAUCAGGAGCCUCGACAAGACUAUUGAAAGCUGCAAGGCUCAGCUGGGGAUAGAUGAAAUUUCUGAAGAUGUAUAUAAAGGUGUGGAUCAUAGUGACACAGAGGACUCUGGUAAAUCUGACUCUAGUGAUAGCGAGUAUGUCAGUGACGAGGAACACAAGCCAAAGAGCUCUGUACAGGACGAAAAGGUCAAAGUGGAUCGAAAGAAGCCCAGAGCAAGUGCAGAAGCAGAGAAUAAGGACUUAGUUGGAGGGAUGGGGGAAAAAUCUACACCUGCAACCCAGAUCAAACAGAAGCAGGGUAACAAUGAGCAAGAGGAGGCCCUUCAAGAAAAGCCCAGAAUGACCCAGUCUCAGCCCAUCUCUGACAAGCCGAAGGCCCCAGAGGAGGGGAGAACAACUAAUGCAACAUCAGUUGCGGAGCAAGACUCUGAUUCUGAAAGAGAGUUGGUGAUUGACCUCGGAGAUGAACACGGAGCUCGUGACACAAAGAGAUCAAGAAAAGACACGGGAGGCUCCUCUGCCAAAACCCCUAAAGAGACCAAUGCUUCCAAACUGGAGGGUAAAGUAACCAAUUCCAAUACAGCAGUUGCUCCAGCCACUUCCACCCUGAAAGAUGCCUUGCAGCCUGCUUCGACUGCUCUCAACCCUGUUUCCACUCCUGCAUCUGGUCAGCCUAUUGCUGCCUCAAGUACCAGCAGCACUUCCAGCACUCCGUCCACCUCAGUUGCAUCAACCUCGCCAGCUGUAAAGAAACAGCGCCCCCUGUUGCCCAAAGAAACGGCCCAGGCUGUGCAGCGAGCAGUCGUUUGGAAUCCCACCAAAUUGCAGAAUUCCUCUCAGAAGGCUCAUGUACAGAAGCAGCAACAGGCAGAGCAGUCGACUGCACAGCCACAAGGCCAGGUGCAGGUCCAGACACAAAGUCAGUCUCAGCAGAAUUCUUCAAGUACUCGCUACCAGACCAGACAAGCAGCUAAAGUUCAAUUGAAAGACUCACCUCAGAGUACGUCAGCAUCUAGUAGCUCAUCUUCCUACUUGUCAGGAGAUUUGCCAAUCCCUACUGCUUCUGCAGAUGCAGCUGCAGAUAUAGCCAGAUAUACAACCAAAAUUAUGGACUCAAUAAAAGGAACAAUGACUGAAAUCUACAAUGACCUUUCCAAAAGUACUUCGGGAAAUACAAUCGUAGAGAUUCGACGGUUGAGGAUAGAGAUCGAGAAGCUUCAGUGGUUGCAUCAACAGGAGUUGUCUGAGAUGAAGCACAAUCUGGAACUGACAAUGGCAGAGAUGAGGCAGAGUCUGGAGCAGGAGAGAGAAAGGCUGGUAGCAGAGGUAAAAAAACAGAUGGAGCUGGAAAAGCAGCAGGCUGUGGAUGAGACGAAAAAAAAACAGUGGUGCGCCAACUGUAGGAAGGAGGCCAUCUUCUAUUGUUGUUGGAACACCAGUUAUUGUGAUUACCCCUGUCAGCAAGCCCAUUGGCCAGAACACAUGAAGUCCUGCACGCAGUCAGCUUCAGCUUCACAACAGGAACCAGAGGCGGAGCCCAACCCAGACGCUUCGGGCAAAUCAACAGGCAAUUCCCCGGUCACACAAAUUCUGACUGUUCCAGCAGGAGCAGCCGCACCCUCUUCCUCCUCCUCCUCAUCCAUAUCAGACAAAAGCAGCUCUCCCACAUAUAUUGACAAGAACAAGGACAAUGCUGGGGUUACUGUAACAUAACUGUCACUCUACAUUGUGGCAUGUAUUGCAAGGCUGCUGUGGACCUCGCUGUGUCACACUGCACCCUGCUCUGUGACAAUUUACUUUUUGGUUUCCAUUCCCAAAUGCUUGGAGGACAUUUUUGUUGGUUUCUAUGUUCUUGUGGAUUCAUCAUGUGAAAAUAGUCAGUUUUAACACAACAAAUGUGAGUCUAUGUUUCCAUACUGUAGUUUUGUUAUCGGUAUGUUACCACUUAAUUUCUUGUCUGAGCAAGAUUGUAACUAACUGCAGAAUAUUUGUUACACUAACAUGUUUCAUUGCUGCUCUUAAAUGCUUAAAUGCUGUAUUUUUUUGUGAAUCCUCCUACCAUCUGAGAUGUCGAAACAGCCAUGAAUAAUUGAUUCUCAAUUAUCAUGGUGCCACCAGAUGUAUUCUGGGUUUUGCAUCAUUGCGCCUUUUUUCAAUUGUACUUUUCAUGUCAGUGGUCUUUAAAAAAAAAGUCAUCCCACAUUGUAUAGGCAUAGGUAAAAAAUUGAUUUAUGAAAAGAUCUAAAGCAUUUGUGUAAAAGGUUUUUGUAAGAAGAUAAAUGAACAAUAUUUAUUAUGUUUUUAUAGUAUGUUUUGAUGAAUCACAUUUUUGUCUAAAAUUUAUUUUGACCUAAAAUUACUCAUGAAUGUCAUUACUGGGUGGAGUCUGUUUAACUGUUUUUCCAAAGUUGAUGUAAAUUCCGGUCAGGCUGUUUGAAAUUGUGUAUACUUGAAUAUAAAAAACGUUUUGGCUGAUUGUGAUUACACGAGCAUGUCUAAUUUGAGUUUUGUCUCCUUGUUUACAUAUUGUAAAUACAGUAAAUUGAUUCGUGAAGAAAAUAAAGGUUCUUGAUAUUUUGCCGCU